AUGUCAGAAUCUACUGACUCCAAAACCACUACAAUAGCCUCCCACACGCUACGAGACCCAUUACAUUUAUCACCCCCACCCCCUUCAACAUCAAUUUACAACUUUUCGCUUCCAGAUGCCGACAAUCACCUCAUAGAUUUUACCCAAUUCCACAACAAAGUCCUCCUCAUAGUCAAUGUGGCGAGUUUAUGUGGAUUUACCCCACAAUAUCACGAACUACAACAGCUCUACGAUAAAUACCAUGCCAAAGGUUUGGAAAUUUUGGGAUUCCCCUGUAAUCAAUUUGGCAAUCAAGAACCUCAAUCUGAUCACAAGAUUGCGUCACAAUGUCGACGUGAUUUUGGCGUUAAAUUUCCGAUAAUGAAGAAGACUAAAGUCAAUGGUGAAGACCAAUCUGCAUUAUAUCAGUUUUUAAAGGAUGCUAAAUGUGGAAUGUUUGGGUUUAAAGGUGUACGAUGGAAUUUUGAAAAAUUUAUAAUUAAUCGUAAGGGUGAUGUUGUUGCUAGGUUUGAUUCUUGGAUCACUCCUAGCCAAUUUGAUGGGUUUAUACAAAAAUUGCUAGACGAAGGUGAGGAGAGCUAA